CAUACUUCCAACAUACACUGCUUCACUUCUUCACUUACUUACUCACUCACUCUCUUUGUUAGCUUAAGAAAAUGGCAGUACCAGUGCUACUCCUUCUGAGCUCCUUCCUCACUGUUUUUGCUCAAGACCUUCACACUCUCCCAUCCUCUUCUCCCACUCAACAACCUGCUGCAUCACCUCAUCACCACCACCAUCCCCACCACCCACACCCUCUCUCUCCUACUUCAGCACCACUCCACUCUCCUGCUUACCCACCACACCACCACCACCACCACCACCACUCACCAGCACCGGCUCCAGUGGCCCAUCACCACCUUCCACCCACACCGACCCCCACUCCUCUCCACCCACAUUACAGUCCCACCCCUGCACCUGCACCUGCACACCCUCCUGUUCACUCGCCAGCUCCAGUGGCACACCCUCCGGUUUCUCCUGUUCCAAGAAGCUUUGUAGCAGUUCAAGGUGUUGUCUAUGUCAAGUCCUGCAAGUAUGCUUCUGUUGACACUCUCUUGGGAGCCCUACCUCUCCUUGAUGCCACUGUGAAGCUCCAAUGCAACAACACAAGGUACAAGUUGGUCCAAACAGCCAAGACUGACAAGAACGGUUACUUCUUCCUUGAGGCACCAAAGUCCAUAACCACCUACGGUGCUCACAAGUGCAAUGUCGUGUUGGUCAGUGCGCCCAAUGGGCUCAAACCCUCUAACCUCCAUGGCGGUAUCACCGGUGCUCUUCUAAGGCCACAGAAACCCUAUGUCUCAGACUCCAAGCUUCCCUUCUUCCUCUACACUGUUGGGCCUCUUGCUUUUCAGCCCAAUUGCCCAAAAUGAACCAACAAAUUAAAUUAGUCUAAGUCGCAUAUGGUGUUUUUGCCUCUUUUCGGCAUAAUGGUGUUUCCAUUUUCUAGUGCUAGAAUAAUUAUGUUUGUAUUCUAGUGUAGUGUUUCUGGGUUUCGAUUAUUACUAUACAAUAAGAGUGAUAGUAAUAGAUGGAUCUGGUUGUGAUUAUAUUUCGUAUAAAAAACUCUUGUUGUCUUUUGUUUAA